GCUAUGCCCCAUAUUCCCCCUGAGUCACAGACGGAAAAAUCGCUUGCUCGGGUCUGCGGGCAGCCAAGGAGCUCCUCCGAUCCCUGGGGAAGGCAGGGACCACCCAGCGCAUCCCCGGGAUGCGGGAAAGCGUUCGCUGCUGCCCAGGAAGGAGGGACAAGGCUCACAGCACAUGGGAAAGCGGGAGCAGCCCCGGUCUGCCGCUGCCACUCAGGCUCCGAGGGCUGCGAGUGCCGGGGUCCCCCGGCGCUCCUGCCCGGGCUCGGGUUUCCUCCGGCCUCCGGCGGGGCCAGCCGGGUCGGGACGCGCUGAGCUCGGGCCGGCCGGCCCGGCCCCUCUGCCGGGCUGGAGGGGACACGGGAGCAUCGGGAUCCGCGUCCCCACCCGCCGUGGAGCCGGCCCCGCAGCUGAAGAGGAAUAGUUUCCCCAGCAUGAACUUUGAAGCAGAGAUUCUGACAACACCACACGAUAAUUCAGAUCUCUACAUGAUCCCUUCCAUGAGAAGCCUCACAGCUGAGGAAUAUGUGGAGGCCUUUAAAGCAUUUUUGGAUCACUCAACAGAGCACCAGUGCAUGGAUGAGUUCAACAAGGAUCAAAUGCCCAAUAUUGUGGCUGGUCUGGGCGCUGGAAAAUCGACCCUCAGCGUUCUGGGAGUUGGGAGUGGCACAGGUGAGCAGGAUUUGAAAAUGAUCAGAAUACUGCAGGCUGUGCACCCAGGGGUCUUUAUUGACAAUGAGAUUGUGGAGCCCAACCCACAGCAUGUGGCAGCUUACAAAGAGCUGGUGAAUCAAGCUCCAGACCUGCAGAAUGUUUCUUUUAUUUGGCACCAGCUCACUUCCUUGGAGUAUGAACAGCAGGUGAAGGAGAGAGGCACACAUAAGAAAUUUGACUUCAUCCAUAUGAUCCAGAUGCUGUACCGUGUGGAGGAUAUUCCCAGUACUAUCAAGUUUUUCCACAGCUGCCUUGACCAUCAUGGUAAACUCCUGAUCAUAAUUUUAUCAGACAGCAGCGGCUGGGCCAGCCUGUGGAAGAAGCACAGGGACUGCCUGCCCGCCACCGACAGCGGCCACUACAUCACCUGCAGCGGCAUCACGGAGGUGCUGCGGGGGCUGGGGGUGCAGCACCGCGUCUACGAGCUCCCGUCGGGCUGGGACAUCACCGAGUGCUUCGUCGAGGGCGACGCGGUCGGCGGCCGCAUGAUGGAUUUCCUGACCGGGACCAAAAACUUCCUGGGCACGGCCCCGCCGGCGCUGCGGCAGCAGCUGCAGGAGGCUCUGUGCCAGCCCGAGUGCAGCAGCACCAGGGACGGCAGGGUCAUCUUCAGCAACAACCUCAGCAUGAUCGUCGCCGAGUCCUAGAGGCCGCGGCCUGUGGAACUGGCUGGUUGGCGCCGUGCAUCCUGCCGGAGCUCUCGCUGGCACUUCCAGCUGUGGGUGCAGCCGCGUGUUUGCGCACCCAUGGACGAGGCAGCUGGAGGAGGUGGCAGCCCGGUGCCGGCCGGGCACACACCCGCUGCGGCCACGCGUGCCAGCGGUGCCUUCUGUCCCAUCUGGGUCGCCAGACACUGACGCCUUGCGAAGGCUGACCUAGAGCAGGGACUAGAUGGAGCUGAAGAAUAAAGUAGGGAUUUAUUAGCAGGCCCCAAUGGAUGGGCAGCACCCGAGCCCAGCCAGGGCUACACCCAAGGUGGACCCAAAAUGGUCACAAAAUGGACGAUUCAAGGGGUCUCACACUUUUAUAAGUUUUGGUCCAUUUGCAUAUUAAUUGUUCAAUUAUAGCUUUUGGUGAUGAAGUCCCAUCCUUGUUUUUCUCUCUUCAGUCCACAUAGUUUAUGCUCUUGGGCCUGAGAUGUGGAUCAUUUGUCCUUGUUCCCCAGCUAGAGAAGGUUUGCCUACUCUACAAAGAGAGCUCACCAUCCCCUAAUACAAAGAUCAAAAGUACAGACUAAAGCAGCACAGAAUCUGAAAAAUAUAAAAGUUAAAACCUGAGGCAUCACCAGAACAAAACCAGCAAUAUGUUCCUGAUGCUUUGCACCCAGGUAAUGUCACUGCACCCAGGCCUGAGCAGUAAGUUGCUCUGCACUAGGCUAUUUCAUGGGGUUUUAUUGGCAUAGACAUUUACUGUCCCAAGUGUCUCAGUGUCUCACAAUAUAGACAUGUCUUAAAAAUUUAUCAGCCUUUUUGUUUGGAGAAUAUUUUGGAACCCAGGAUGAUACUUGCCCUGUGCUCUUUCAGGCAGACAUUAAUUUUGUUACUUUCUUACUACUGCUUGUCUCCAUAUAAAAUAAAAGCAAUCUUAAAACACAAAA